UGCCUUUACCCAAGACCAGCACCGGAAGUAUUUUUGAUUCACAGGGAAACAAAUUUGCUCAACGCUGCGCUUUACCUACCAGGUGAAAUUAACAACAGGUGGAAAGAUGUCAGAGCCCAGCAAGCAAGAUAUUGCUGCCAUUUUCAAACGACUACGAUCCCUUUCUACGAAUAAGGCGUGCUUUGACUGUUCGGCUAAGAAUCCUAGUUGGGCCAGUAUCACCUAUGGAGUGUUUCUCUGUAUAGACUGCUCAGGAACACACAGGUCAUUAGGAGUGCACCUGUCAUUCAUCAGGUCUACCGAGCUGGACUCUAACUGGUCCUGGUACCAGCUGCGAUGCAUGCAGGUGGGCGGCAAUGCCAGCGCGAAUGCCUUCUUUGCCCAGCAAGGCUGCACGUCCAACGCCGCAAACACCAAGUACAACAGCCGAGCCGCUGUGCUCUACCGCGAGAAGAUCAAGACCACGGCCACGCAGGCCACAAGGCGCUUCGGCACUGAGUUGUGGCUGGACAGCCAGGCCCCCCUCUCUCCAACAUCUCCCGUCAACAAGGAGGAGGAUUUCUUCAGUAUGCACGCGCAGGCAUUCCCUGAUGAUCGUAGCUCUGCCCAGCCUAAUAUAACAAGCUCCGCCCAGAUGAAUCUAAGCCCCACCCCAGUAGAGGAACCCUCUACAAAAGAAACCGAGAGGGACAAAAACGGUAAUACAGAGGGUCCCAGUGUUGACGUGCUAAGUAUGUCUCCUAAAGAAGCCUUAGAAUCCUCCUCUCUUCUCAAGAAGAAACCAGCUGGGGCCAAGAAAACAUUGGGCGCUAAGAAAGGUGGUCUUGGGGGUAAGAAGGUGAGCAAACAGAGUUUCUGUGACCUGGAGAAGAAAGCACAGGCGGUAGACAAACUCAAUGAGAGAGAUACAGCACCCACCACCAAGAACAGCCCCCAACCAGCAGAGGAAUCCAUUGGGGCCUCCAUGAGACUGGCCUAUAAGGAUCUGGAGGCGCAGCAGAGGAGUAAUACAGAGAAGAUGAAGGGGAUGGGGGAGAAGAAGAAGGAGCAGGCUGAGAGACUGGGCAUGGGCUUUGGCAGCAGGAGUGGAGUGUCUCACUCUGUGUUGUCAGACAUGCACACUAUCCAGCAGGAGAGCCCAGUGGGGUCCAAGCAGCCCACUAAGAGCCGGAGGUACACAGAGAAGGAGGAAGAGGAGACUGACGAAAGCUCCUUUACAUCCAGGAUGUCGAUGACCAGUUCAAUGACCAAGUUUGAUGACCCGACAGAAUCCUCUGACAAGUUCUUCUCCAAUUGGAGCGAGACGGGGGAGUCUGGCUGGAGGAAAGAGAGCAGGAAGCCAGAGCCAGACUUCUACCUGAGCACCAAUAGUUCCUCACAGGACGACAGGACCGCAGCCCGGCGGAAAGCAGACCCAGUCCCUGUCUCAGACUCAGGCGACGCCCGCAAGAAGUUUGGGGACGUCAAGGCCAUCUCCUCUGACAUGUACUUUGGCAAGCAGGAUGACUCUGAGUAUGAGGCGAAGACUCGCCUGGAGAGGUUCUCUGGAAGCAACUCCAUCAGCUCAGCUGACCUGUUUGAUGACCCAAAGAAACAGAUGGCCAGCUCAUAUCGUCUGACCAACAUGCUGCCCAGUGCUCCAGACAUGUCCCAGCUGAAGCUGGGGGUCCGCUCUGCGGCCGGGAGGCUGUCCGUCAUGGCCAGCGGAGUAGUCACGUCCCUUCAGGACCACUACAGUGCGUGAGUCCACCUGUGUUAUACACACACACACACACACACACACAACCUGUUAGGUCCCCUGGGUAUUGGAGUCGGUAAACAUCCUUACGUGCGAUGGACAAGUUCAGCCGUGCAGGAGAGGGAGAGAUAUGGACGGAGAGAGCGAAUUAGCGACAUUGUGUAGGCCAGAACAUAGGCUAUAGCUGUGUGUGUACAUAGCAGCUAUUUGAAUAAAGUAUGAAUUAUCUACAUUGGAGUUAUGUCAAAACAACAUCCUCUAUGAGGUAGAUGUAUGAAGAACACUUAUUUACGCAGCUUAUUAUUUAAUCUGUCCAGGCCUUUAGUUUUGAUAUUUACAUCAAUGGUAUUCAAAAUAACAUUUUGUUAUCAUCCAUUAUGGUUCUAAUUGAGGGUGACUUAGGUUUUGGGUUCCUUUUCCCCUGUGCAAUUGUUAUUGAAUCAUGUCACCUUGGUUUUUAUGUAGCUAUUUGCAAUGAAGACAUGUAUUUUUCUACAUGCGUUAUGUAAAUAAUUUAAUUAAUUAAUCUGAUGGGCAUUGUUUUAAUUACCUGCCAAAUGCAGAGAGAUGUUGCCAUGUAGGAUACAUGUCUUAAAUUUUAGGGUGCCUUCAAACCAAAAUGCCUGCAACGCGUUGUGCGUGUGCCGAUUCACUGAAUGUGUGUUUGGAGGUGUGGAGAACAUUCGAGGUGGGAGAAACAUUGCUUUACAUUGGUUGACAGACCUCUAGUCAGGAUAGGCUGCAACACAAUAUCCCCAUCUCUCAUCUGUUGGACAGUGUAGAUCUUCCAUUUCAUUCACUUCUAUCCACCUGUACACUGCUCUCUGAAAAAAAAGGUGUUUGCUGUGCUUUUGAAGCAUUGUUUGCAUUGGUUUGAAAGUGCCCUUAGUCAUGGAAGUGUACUUAUGUUAUGUAUGUCACUUGACUGAAGGACCAAAUACUCAACCUGAUUUCUUUGUGUAAUAUAUAUGUGUGUAUAGACACACUGGUCGGAUACAGUCCUGUACAGUGUAACAUGACCUGGUCUGCCUCUCAGCAGCCAAACAUAUUCUCCAUAUUACUAUUGACUAUCAGUUCAGAUGAAUGAAGGGAGUAGUAUCUUAAUGUUCUGUCCCAGUACUCCCAAAGGCUGAGUUUAGUCAGGCAGCACAAUUCUGAUCUUUUUCUUCUCACUAAUAGGUAUUUUGACCAAUCAAGUCAGCUUUUUAAAAAGAUCUGGUGUGAAAAGAUCUGUGUAAAGAAAAAAUCAGAAUUGGGCUGUCUGUCUAAACGCAGGCAAAUAACCGAUUUAUAUUUUCUGACCACAUUAGUUUGUGAGAGGAACACAGGACACCCAUCCAGUUAUUUUACUGUUCUGUGGCUAUGAAGGAUAAGAGAUAAGGAAAGGAACUCAUGCAAAAGAAAUGGGACGUGGCCCUCUGUGAUCAAGGACCCAUUGGCUGCCCUCCCUAGAGCCUGACUCAUUUCAACAACAGUUGUACUACGUGUUUAGUGAAGGGUAAACUCUAACCCUUUGCUGAGCAUAUUCAUUGUAAAUUACCUCUGUGAACUGUGUACCUUGCAGAGACUAUUUAGGGUGUUUAGAGUAUAUUUUCACACUCUGGGUAUAUGUGGGUUAUAUUUUGGGUGUUUAUGUGUAGUGUGGUUUUGUUAUUUUGAGGGGAUUGGCUAGAAGUCUUUAACUGGACGUUGCCAGAAGUAUUUCUGGCUACCUCGUAUCACCUACCGAACUCUCAUUUUAAUGCAUAUUUUUCUCAUUUUGAUCCUUACUAAUUUGAACUCUUGAGUUGAGAUUUAACACUGAAGUGAAAUAUAUUUAAGAUGCAACGUUACCCAUUUGAAUCUGGAUUUUGUAUAGUGUGUAAUUCAGUGACCAACCACAGCGUUUGUUCAUUCUCUUUCGACUGUAAUCCAAAGAAUUAGGAUACAUGUGCACAUGCCCUAAAAAUGUCAAUUAUGGGAAGAUCUAGUUUUUGUUUAUUUGUAUUAGAACCUGCAAGUACAUUUUUUUUUUUGUUACUUGAAUGUACAUCUAUAGAACAGUACCUGAAGCAUUGCAUUAGUUUCCAAAUGACUGUUUACCAACAAAUACAUCUAUGGACAUGAGCUCUUUAGAGAUCCAUUCAAUUUGUGUAAUCAAGGUGUGUAUCAUUGUUAGCUGCUGUGUAUAAGAACUUUGCUUCAGAAUAAAAAUUAUACUGCACUUGCAUGUCCUCAGUGGCAGACUUACCAUUAGGCAACUCAGGCAGUUGCCUGGGCCUUGUAAACUUGUCAUGAUUAUGUUUAAUAAAACAAUUUAUGUUA